AUGACUUCUGAAAAACUGUACGAAGGAGUUUUGGAAAUAUCAUGGGUUACUCACACCUACGAGAGGUUAGAAAUUAUCGUUAAAACAUCAUUAUACCAUUUGAAAGAGGAUGAAAACUUCGUCGAUAUUUUUUGUUUGAUUUCCUUGGCUUCAGCGGGAGAUUAUGAAUAUAAUAAACCAUUGAUUAAUAGCCAGGCCUCUGACACUUACAAUACAAAUCCCAGUGAUAAUAGCUUAAGCAGCAAACCUUUAGUGGAUCCAACUCCAGUUCAACGUGAUAAUCAAGAUCAAGAUUCUUAUAGGACAACAUCAGAAAACGAUAAUUCAUAUCAACAGGAAAGCAGCAAUGACAAUCCUUCAUAUUCAUCAUCUUCAUAUUCUUCUUCUCAUGACAAUACCUACAAUCCAUCUGCCACACAAACUUAUCAAUCAGCUGUCUCGUCCACGUACAACGAUAAUCAAUAUGGUUAUGACUAUAAUCCAGUUUACAAUCCACCUGCCAAAUAUGAUUACAGCUAUAGUGUAAAUGAUCUCACUACUGGAGAUAUCAAAUCGCACAGUGAAUCUCGUGAUGGUUAUUAUGUUCGUGGUGCUUAUAGUUUAGUGGAUCCAGAUGGUUAUAAACGUACUGUCACCUAUACAGCCGAUAAUGUUAAUGGUUUUAAUGCUGUUGUCAAUCGUGAACCUUAUGUGGUCCAGUACAAGGUGCCGGUUGUUAAAUUUCAAUCUACUAAAGAAGUUGAAAGCCCGGAAAAGGAUAAUCAUCAAAAUGUAAAUGCUUCUACUCAGGAAAGAGACAGUUAUUCGAGUCCUCCAGCUCAAGAUGGCAAAGGACCAUAUGCCUAACCAAGCCAUAUACUUUUUAUUGCUUACUAUUAUUGUCAUUUUAAAUUUAUUAAUUAAUUUCUAAAU